UUAAACAGUCGCGACCAUGACUUGGUAACAUAUUCCUGGUGGUUUUCCCAAAUUUUCGUUGGUCGUGGAAUAACGCUUGAGGUGUCAGUUCAAAUCAAAAGUUGGCGUCAAAUCAACGGGGCUGCAGUCAAUGUUGAUGGGACAGUUUG